AUGAAGCUAAUAGCAAUUAAAAUGUUAAUUCAGUACUUUUUAGUUUUAUCCGUAUAUUUUGCUUUAGUGUUUAGUUACAACAAAAGGUUGUUCACACUGAUCAGCCAUGAUAACUUAAAAUCACAAUGUGGCGUUAACAACUUGCCCAUUACAAAUGUGGUGAAGAUGAAGGCUCCUGCUCCGGGUACCAAAGGCCACGGUUUCGUCACUGUCAGCGACGAUAUCACUCAAGAGACAGAUCCUUUGCUCGGAUUCGAGAAGAUUUUCUACUAUGUCCUGUAUGGACGUCAAAUUGAAAUGAAACCUAAAAUUUCUUCUGGAAAUGAUACCGGGCUUGAUACUUUGGAGCACUGCCCUACUGGACAAGUAAUGCGGUAA